ACACACACAACACCAGCAAAGAAACAAACAAAUAGACAAACACUCAGACACACCCACGCAACGCCCACAUCGUCCGUUAGAAACAACUCUCUCGUAGUGGAUCAUACAAAAACAUGUGCCAUUGGAUCCUGCAAGAGCAACAAUGCGCUAACUCUCUCCCACGCAGACACACGCACUAGCGGCGCACGCACACAUGCACACACACCGCACACACACAGACAGACACACAGAGCUCGACCGAACCUCUGGACGGUAGUGCACUCAGACUAGCAGGAGAGCAGGGUUGGAAAGAAGACCUGGGAGAAGAGAAGAGCAAGAGAAAGAAAGAUAGAGAGAGAGAAAGAGAGGGAGAGAGUGAGAGAGAGAGAGAGAGAGAGAGAGAGACUGCUCCAAGAGCUACAGAAACAGCAGAAGAGAAGGUUUGAGAUGUGGUUCUCCACCAGGGAUAUCUCCCUUUGGGACCACAGCAUCCAGGCAUCUGCAUACAGCAGGGCACACAGCUGAACUGGAGCACAUGUAGCUGAAGGCUGAGUCAACACCUCUGUUAGCAGAGACAUCAAAUGAAGCGUUCUCCUUCUCCUGAACAGGGAGGAGACAAAACACUACUGUAGCACUUUUUUCUUGUGAAAUUAUUUUCAGACAGCACUUUGGAGGCUGGAGCAUCGGCAGAUGAGCUCGCCAUAGCCGGUGGGUGGCACAACGGGGGCACCUGCCGAUGCCAGUGUCAGUCUAGGGUUGGCACCGGAGUGGGCAGAGCAGACAUGCAGCCCCUCGACGGGCCUGGGAGGAUCCGCCUGAACAGCCUGGUCCGUACAGGCCUGCUCAGUUUGCUGCUGGUGGUGCUGGCUCUUCUGGAGGCUGGUGGCUGUCCCACUGUGUGCAUCUGCAACAGCAAUGGCACGGACUGUACUGGCCUGGCCCUGCUCUCUUUGACCACAGUCCUGCCUCUGCUGCCCCAGGACACACGCACCCUCCGCCUGCCCCGAAACAACCUCUCCUCCCUGGGCGACGGGGACCUCUCCAACCUCAGUGCUUUGGAGUUCCUGGACCUCUCCGACAACCACCUCUCCGUCCUGCAGCCGGGGGCUUUCUACGGUCUCAGCGGCCUCCGAUGGCUCAACCUUUCUGGGAACUACCUGGGCGACCGCCCCCUUCCUACCUCAUUGGACCCCGGCAACCAGACGGAGGUGACCCAGAGUAACGUGAGCCUCCGAGGGCUGAGUCAAGACCUGUUCCAGGGUCUGUGGAUACUGAAAGGGCUGGACUUGUCCCUGAACGGCCUGCUUGUUCUGCCCAAGGGCCUGCUGGAUGGGCUACAGGGCCUGGCUUGGCUGUCUCUGGCCGGGAACAAGCUGCGGAGCCUGGACAGAGCCACCUUCCAGCCCCUGGCUGGCUUACUAAACCUCCAACUGGCAGGGAAUCCCUGGGAGUGUGACUGCAACCUGAGGGACUUCAAGCACUGGAUGGAAUGGAUGAUGUUCAGGCACGGCCAGCUGGACGCCAUGAAGUGCAACCUUCCCUUGGACCUGAGGGGGCGGGACCUCCGCAGCAUACCCAUGGAGAUGUUCACCUACUGCCUGCAGCCGGACCAGGCCAGGGUCCCCGGCUACGACGGUUCCCGAGGGGGACGCCCCCCCUGCGCCGUCAGGGCUAACGGGCCCCCCAACGGGCCCCAGGUCAGCCAAGAUGACUGCCUGCGCCAGCGCCACCGGCCCAUUAGCGUGCGCCGGGCCUGGGUCACGCAGAUCGUGGCGGCGUGCGUGUGCGGCGUGGUUUGUGUGAUGAUGGUGGUGGCGGCCACCUACGGCUGCAUCUACGCCUCCCUCAUGGCCAAGUACCAGAAGGAGAUGAAGAACAGGGGGCAGCCCCUGAUGGCGGGCGAGGGAGGGGGCGAGGGAGGGGGCGAGACGGACGCUGAAGACGGGCCCUGUGCGUUCUCCCCGACGUCAGCGCAAAUCCAGCCUGAAGAGUCCAGCCCCGUCGUCCACGGAUACAGAAUAACAGGCUUGUGACCGUUACUUCUAGUCCCGUUGGAAAGAUUCAGCGGGGGGACUCCAUCCUAUAGCUGCAUAUCUUACUCUGCGCUCGAGGGCACUUUGAGAGGGGGGAACGUUUAGAGCUGAGCAAGCAUAUCCCUGGCUGCACUUUGCCGGCGAGGAUUCGUACAGUCACGAUCACACAGACGAUCGCACCGAGGGAACGGGACAACUAGACCAACUAGAAUGCAGCAUUGCUUCAGAGACGUGUGUGGAUGCGCUGCGAUUUGUUCUGCCCUGUGCGUGUGAGUGUGUAGUCAGCUCUCCAGCUGUGUCGCGAUGGCUACAGCGCCUCUGCACCUUGGUUUGAAAUACUUUCCUAGAUAUUUUUUGAAAAAAAUUCAAUGUUAUUUAUGUCUGCCUAUUCUUUAAUCUAACGUUGGUCAAAGUUUGUUGCGUUUGAAGCAAGAAAACGCCUACAGUUAACUUCUGUGUCCAGUGUAUUGUAACUGCUCCACAUGUUUUGUUAUAGGUCCAGACAUAAAGACCCCAUUGUGUUUGUUCAGAGAAAACUAAAAUACAGUAAAACUUUAUUUGGAAAUGUGAAUGGAUUGUGAAAUCUUUAUCAGACAGAUAUAUGUCUUAUGUUAUAGGCCUGCGCUUGUCUGCAGUUUCUCAAUCCUUUCUCUACUAAAUUAAUAUUCCAACAUAUCUUUGCAGAUUGAGCUUGCAUUCAUGUACCAAAGCCAUACAGCGCACAAAAGAACACUGCUGACCUCUAGUGGAUAUUACGACUACAACAGUUGAACAGAAUCAGUAACAAGGCUAACAGCCAUUAAAUCACAAACCGAAUAAAGUUGUCAGCUAACCUCAUUCAACCAUUUUAACUGUUGAAGAGAUCAACACUGACCUAAAAACAGGUCUAUAUAUGUAUUUCAGUAUCUCCUCAUGAAUCCGACCCUUAUUUUUGUCUCUAUGUUCAUUGCAUAUUUCCUCUUUCGUUUUGCUAGAGAGGAUCAAUUGAGAAAUGUGUUAUUCUGUUAAUCAUGUUGACAACAAUAAAGUAUUUAUUUAUC